ACAGGGCAGCCACUGCUCUCUCUCUCUCUCCGCAACUCCAUUUAGGCUAUAAAUAGGGGAAGAGCUGCAUUGCUCGUCACCGCUUCUCACAUAGAACUUUCAGUGAUAGAAAUCUUUGUUUCUUUUCUGAGGCUUGCAAAUGGCUGGUUCUAAAGCUUUCCUUUUUCUGUUCGCUCUUGUCUUCGCUCUUGUUUACUUGAUCUCAUCUGAAGUAUCUGCUUCCGUUCAUGAAACAGAGAAAAGCACAGAAGGCAAGGGUGUUCAGGAGAGCAAGUCCUAUGGAGGCCCCGGAAACGGGUAUCAGGGUGGGUACGGCGGAGGGCAUCAAGGUGGUUAUGGAGGAGGGCAUCAAGGUGGUUAUGGGGGCGGGCAUCAAGGUGGUUAUGGGGGCGGGCAUGGGCACGGGCAUGGUGGCUGCCAAUAUGGUUGCUGCCAUGGUUGCUGCCGUUCAUACCGAUACGGAUCUGGGUGCCAGAGGUGCUGUGUUGAUGCUAAUGAGGCCCCUGAUGCCGAGUUUGAAGACGAUGUUAAGAACUAAUAAUUAAACGCAUCUUCGAGUGGAUCUAUGUAAAAUAAUGCACGCUGGUCUAUGAGUUUGCUUAAAUAAGGGCUGCAAUGAGCACUGCUCGGUGCUCAUGGCGCUUGCCAGGCUUGUUUGUGUGUUGAGCUCCAUUAAUAAUCUACUCAUUUUGCUAUCAUGCAACUUUAAUGCUAACCUUAAUGGUUGUUAAGAGC